AUGCUAGACGGCGGAAGCCAGCGAACGUUCAUACGUCGUGACAUUUCUGAGAAGCUAAGUUUGAGGGUACUCGAUGAGGAAGAUUUGAGCAUCUUCACCUUCGGGGACGUAACAUUCAAGGGUCAUAGCGAAUGUAAGAGAGUAGACCUGUGGCUAAGGAGCCAUUAUGACCAAAGGCAGAUACGUGUGGAAGCACUGGAAGUACCACAGAUCUGCUCCGAUUUGAUGCAGGCCCCACCAGACAUAAUCAACAGGCAUCUGAGGAACAAGGACAUGCAGAUUGCAGACACAACGCCAUUGGGGUCUCGAUGCGAGAAUGGAAUAGGAUUCCUUAUUGGGUGUGACUAUUAUUGGGAGGUGGUUACCGGAAACGUACGACGCCUCGACGACAAGCUUGUUGCAAUGGAGACAAUUUUCGGGUGGACAUUGCAAGGGCCUGCUGUGUCUUCAACCACCUCAGCGGCAAUUUGUUCAUCAAUCGUUGGCAUCAUGAGGGUGGUCGUUACCGAAAACAACGAGGAACUAUCCCAAAGGAUGAGGUCAUUCUGGGAACUCGAACACAUCGGUAUCACCGACAGUGAUGGAACUGCUGCGCCAUUUGCGCCAAAGUGCGCCAUUUGGGAUUGCCUGCGCCACCCUGCGCCGAAAAGUUCCAUCACUGACAUCGGUAUCACCGACUCAAAGACAGAGCUGUGCGACAAAGGCGAAGUAAUGCAACGAUUAGGAGAUUCCGUAAAAUACGAGAAUGGGAGGUAUGAGGUCAGCCUUCCGUGGAAGCAAAACGCUGACAAACUUGCAGACAACAAGGAUAUGGCACUCAGUAGACUGCGCAGCCUCACAGCUCGUCUUAUGAAAAACCAGAGUCUGCUUCAGGAAUAUGACACAGGCAUUCGGGAGUAUUUGAAGAAAGGAUUUGCCGAGGUUGUAACUGAGAGUGAAACCGUGUCCCUUUCAACAAAGGACAGAAACGCACUUCGUUUCAUCUGGUACGAGAGUCUUCCCCAACCUGGUAAAGACCUGCCAAAGCUGGUCACCUGGAGGAUGACGAGGGUGCCCUUUGGAGCCACUUCCAGCCCCUUUCUAUUGGCGGCAACGAUCCGGUACCACCUGAAGAGAAUGAUGGAUCAGUAUCCUGUCACUGCCAGAAUACUUAGCGAAAACUUUUAUGUGGACGACCUGGUGACGGGCGCAGAUGAUGUCGAAGAAGCAAAACGUACAUGCAGAGAGGCAUCGGAAAUCAUGAGUACUGCGGGAAUGCGACUUCGGAAGUGGACGUCGAAUGUAAAAGAUGUCCAAGAGUUCAUGACGGAGGAGCCUGAAGGGGAGAUACAUGCACAAACGUCAAGCACGCCACAGCAAAAAGUGCUCGGUGUGGCAUGGAACCCAGGGAAGGACGAGUUCCUAUUUGACAUGGAGUCGCUCCUCGAUUUCUUACACAGUCGAAGAGACAACAAGCGAUUCGUCUUGCAAGCGGUGGCACGCAUAUUUGACCCUUUCGGGUUUCUGACGCCGAUGACGACAACUGUAAAAAUACUCUUUCAAGAAUUGUGGCGACUUGGGAUCGAGUGGGACGAGCGGAUCCCGGAGGACCUUUAUAAAGGGUGGGACAAAUGGUGCAGUCAGCUUCCGGACAUUCGUCACGUGUCUGUUCCCAGAAAGUUUGCAGAGGAUGUGAGGCUCGCCUGCGUCAAGAAAUCAUUACACACAUUUUGCGACGCAAGCCCGAAGGCAUACGGCGCAGUUAUUUAUUUGAUUUGCAGCAAGCCUGGCGAGGAGCCACGUUGUUCGUUGGUGAUCUCUAAAGCGAGGGUAGCACCGCUCAAGAAACUUUCGUUGCCGAGGUUAGAAUUGAUGGCAACGCUAAUCGGAGCACGGCUAGCUCAUUUCGUAAAGGAGGCGACGGACCUUCAAGGAAUCGAGAGCUACUACUGGACGGACUCGACAGUUGCACUUCAGUGGAUUAAGAGCAGUGCGGAUAAAUGGAAGCACUUCGUGUCAAAUCGGGUGAUUGAGGUGCAACAAUUGUCAAGCCCCGAGAACUGGCGCUAUUGCCCAGGAAGAGAAAACCCGGCGGAUCUGUUGACGCGAGGUAUGUUCCCAUCAACGCUAGCGGGUAACCGUACCUGGUGGAACGGACCUCAGUGGUUGUGCAGCCCUAAGCACAGCUGGCCCACGACAAACUCGACACCAGUAGUGAGAGAAGUAGAGGCAGAAGAAAAGAAAGCUUCAGCAGCGCUUCAUAUAACCGCUGGAUCGGAGCUGGUGCCAGUCCUCGACAUUAACCGUUACAGUUCCUUCAUCCGGAUGGUUCGUGUGACUGCUUGGGUCAAGCGCUUUAAAAAUAACGCCAAAAGAGCAUCACAGAGCCAAACUGAACCACUGACCGCGAAGGAAAUCGACGAUGCUGAGAAGCACUGGAUAAAAGCUGUUCAACGAGAAGUUUUUGGAGAAGAAAUCAACAACCUGAGGGCAUCCCAGCCGUUGGACGGAAAAUCUGCCAUUCGCGAUUUCAGUCCGUAUCUAGAUGACGACAACGUACUUCGGGUUGACAUUGGCAGCGGUGUAAUCGCCGAAAAGGUGGUCCUCGAUAUACAUCAUGCCCACUGUCGGGGAGCUCCCACAAACUUCGCAAGGAGCCUCUUAAAGACGAUAUUUUAUGAGGAAGAGCUCCGUGGCAAAUCGCUGUUUGGUAAAGGAUCAAAUGCAAACAAGGGAGCACCUCCAAAAGACGCACUGGAUCCAGAGCGCGUCAGUGCACACAUCGACAACUGCUUUGGCCGCUGGAGAUCCACUUCAGUGCAGUCUAUGAUGCACGUUGUAUUUGAGUAG